AUGGCAACGCUCAAACCGCCAACAAAUACACACCGCUCCUCAUCAUCGUCUCACAGCUCUGGUCCACCAAAAGCCCCCCUAAAAGCCGAUGCCACCGCCACAAUUGCCGAUACCGUCGUCUUCCAGGGCACAUACCCAGUGACCAUCGGCGCAGGGACAGUGGUGCACCCGCGCGCGCGAUUCUACGCCUACGAGGGACCAAUAUACAUCGGUGACAGCUGUAUAAUUUGCGAGAAAGCUGUGAUUGGAGCGGCGCCCAGUCCAUCGAGUCGAUCACCGUCGCCGUCCAGGACCGCAGAUCCAAACAUAACAAGCUCCGAAUCUGGGACAGGGACGGACUUAAAGAAAGAAGCCGCGACGCGGAUCUCAUAUUUCGUUACUGUUGGCCCGUUAUCGACCAUCGAACCGGGUGCCCAUGUUCAUUCUUCUGCUAGCAUUGAAGCUCUCGCGAUAAUCCGCCGUGGUGCCGAUAUUGGGUCUCACUCGAAGGUGUGUUCGGGCGUUGAGAUUGCUGCUAGUGGUCCUGUCGGUGAAUGGGUUGUAGUCUGGGGUUCCGGGCCUGGGCAGCGGAGGAAGAGAGCGCGUGGCGCGAAAGCCAUGAGCCCCGCUGUUGUUGGUGCGGCGCAGAUUUCGCAAGCGCCUCUUCCUGCUCCUGCGCCGGAGGGGAGGGUUAUUGAGGAUGCGAGGUUGAUGGUUUUGCAGAAAGAGAGGGAGGUCCUGGGGAGGAUGCUUGUUCCUGCUGCUGGGGGGAAGAAAAAGUGA